CCAAGAGUAGGCCAGAUCCAUGCUGUUAUUGGUCCGGUUGUAGAUGUGUUCUUUGAAGACGAAAUACCCGAGAUAUUGAAUGCAAUGGAAGUUUCCGAUUAUAAAGGCGGCAGUCGUUUGGUUUUAGAGGUGUUUCAUCAUUUGAGCAAUAAUAUUGUGCGAUCUGUAGCCAUGGACAGCACUGAAGGUCUACGACGUGGCCAAAAAGUCACAGAUACUGGGCAUCCAAUUCGUGUUCCUGUCGGUAGGGCUACUUUGGGCCGAAUUCUAAAUGUUACUGGUGAUCCCAUUGAUGAAAGAGGUCCCAUAAAGUCAGAAUUUUAUUCCUUCAUACACGCCGAAGCUCCAGAAAUGACUGAUUUGUCGGUAAAUCCCGUUUUAUUGCAAACAGGAAUAAAGGUAAUCGAUUUAUUGGCUCCCUAUGUUAAAGGUGGGAAAAUUGGAUUAUUCGGCGGAGCUGGAGUCGGUAAAACCGUAUUAAUUAUGGAAUUGAUAAACAAUAUUGCAAAAGCCCACGGUGGAUAUUCAGUGUUUGUGGGUGCCGGGGAAAGAACACGAGAGGGAAACGAUCUGUAUAUGGAAAUGAUUGAAUCCAAAGUAAUUUCUUUAGACGAUGACACUUCGAAAGUAACUCUGGUGUACGGCCAAAUGAAUGAACCCCCAGGUGCACGAUCUCGAGUUGUACUGACGGGCCUAACCAUAGCAGAAUAUUUUCGUGAUAUGGAAGGUCAGGAUGUGUUACUUUUCAUUGAUAAUAUAUUUCGAUUCACUCAAGCUGGGUCUGAGGUAUCCGCUUUACUAGGACGUAUUCCGUCUGCAGUUGGUUAUCAACCAACCUUGGGAACCGACAUGGGUACCAUGCAAGAACGGAUUACAAGCACUAAAAACGGCUCUAUUACAUCGGUGCAGGCUGUUUAUGUACCAGCAGAUGAUUUGACAGAUCCAGCGCCGCAGACAACUUUUUCGCACUUAGAUGCUACCACAGUUUUGUCAAGACCAAUUGCAGAGUUGGGCAUUUAUCCAGCUGUUGAUCCCUUGGACUCAUCAUCGCGCAUAAUGGAUCCAAUGAUAGUGGGAGAUGAACAUUAUACUGUAGCCAGAUCAGUUCAAAAAACAUUGCAGAGUUAUAAAUCACUCCAGGAUAUUAUUGCCAUAUUAGGCAUGGACGAACUGUCCGAAGAUGACAAACUAACUGUGGCAAGGGCAAGGAAAAUACAACGAUUUCUUUCGCAGCCAUUCCAAGUUGCCGAAGUAUUUACAGGACACGCUGGGAAAAUGGUCCCCUUACCGAAGACUAUAGAGGGUUUCAAACGACUAUUGAAUGGAGAUAUGGAUGAUAUACCUGAAAUAGCUUUCUAUAUGGUUGGUGACAUUGAGGAAGCAAUUGCCAAAGCCAAGGAUAUAGUAUUGAAAAUGAAUUGA